CCCCAAAAUCAGCAUUUGAGCUCGAGUUACGCGCGGGAUUGAUGUGGUGAUUUGUUUACAUUUGUGCAACAAUUUAAAAGUAUCGUGCUAUCAUCUUGUUGGUCCAUUCAUCAACAUUAAACAUGGGUGCUGGCUAUACCUGUAUGAAAUACCUGUUUGUGGUACUCAACAUACUCUUUUUGCUUCUGGCAGUUUGCGGUAUCGGGAUCUCAGUAUGGAUGUUCGUCGAUCCAACGAUACCUCUGCACUUUACUCAAGAAUCCAAGGACUACCUGAUUACGACGAUCAUAAUUCUUCUGGCCUCCGUUAUCCUCCUGAUCGUUUCGAUAUUGGGUAUCUACAGUGUGGCCCAAGAAGCAAGAAAAGCUCUCGUUGCUAGUUUCUGUCUCCUUCUGAUAAUCGUGGUGGCUGAAAUAGCAGCUGGCGUUUGGGGAUAUAUAAAUCGGGACAGUUUGGAGGCUCAUAUUCGUACGUCUGUCAAGCAGUCCGUCAGACAAGAAUACGACCAGGACGAGAAUGUUAGAAGAUUGUUCGACACCAUCCAGUCCAAACUGCACUGCUGUGGAGCCGAACGACCAACUGACUGGACACGUGGAAAGCAAUUCAACAUGGGCAUUUCCUCCAACGAUGGCAGUACAUACAACGUCCCGGAAUCUUGCUGUCGAACUGGAAUCACUCCAACAGAUUGUAGGGGAGCAACAGUUAAUAUACAGGUCGGAAAAGAGCCCGAUAAGAAAUUGGUAUACAACGACGGCUGCUACACGCUCAUCUACGAAUGGUUGAAGGAUAGCUGUUGCAUCAUUCUCAUCGUCGGAGGAGUCAUCCUGGGCGUCCAAGUAAUCGGCCUCAUUCUAGGUUUAAUCAUAGCGUGCUCGAUGAACAGAUCUCAUCGCUAUAAAGCUUAAGUCUCCAAUAUGAACAGAGCUUUGUCCGGGUGAUUUUCAAAGAUGGCUGUACGGUUAAUCAAAGGUUGAGAAUUUAUUAGACAUGUCGUUUAAUUGGCCUAAAACGUACUGGUGCUUCAUGGAAAGGCACGAUUACUUUCUUACUGGUAGUUUAUUUAGAGAUCAAGUGAUCUUAGAGUAAAUUAGCGUUUUAAUAAUUAUAAAUUUGUUAGAAUAAUCGUACAAAAAUCGUAAAAAAAUUAUUUUUAAUGUGGCCAAUGUAUCUAUGGUUAGUACAGUGUAAAUACAGUUGCACGUCAUUAUCUACGUCAGAGAUCUAAAUUGACAGUGUUGCCAAAUUACAAAAAAAUCCUGUCAAAAGUCAUUUUAAAUCAAAUAUAUCACAUAAUUAUUGCAGAAGUGGAUUAUUCAACAACAAAAAUUAAUAUUCAAUGUAAAUAAAUUAAAAAAUUACAAACAGAAAACCAGUAUUAAGUAAUAAUCUUACGUCAAAGCAAUAAAUAUAAACAAACAAAUAGUUAUAGUAAUUAAUACAGACAAAUCUGAAGUGUCAACACCGUAACUGUCAAAUAAAUGUUACCAAUUUAUGUCAAAGUCUCACCUUCGUUCGAUUGCAGUUAAAGUGUGAUCCGAACAAGUGUGCUUUAUAAAAAUGCUUUAUAUUCCACAUAUUUUAAAUGAAAAUGAAAGUUAUGGUUAUAUUUUUUUACAUAUGUUUACAUUAAUAGAAAUCUGCAAAUAUUAUUUCUACGCCUAUAUAAUAAAAUGUCUAAUUACUAAGGAAGUAAAAAUCUUCUCUUGUAGGUAGAUGGUAUAUAAUUUAUUAAAUUUUUUUCUAAAAAAGAUCCAAGUUGGACUUAAAGUGGCUACAUCACAAGUACAAAAAAAAAACGUUUUCGCACUAAUCAGUCCAUCAUCAGGUUAAAAACCUAAAAUAAGUAAACCACUGUAUAAAAAGGCAAAGUUGAAAUUUUGUCUGUUAAAAAGUUAGGAAAAAAUUAAAACAUGUGGUUACUUACUUCAGAUCCAAAGUAGUUGGAACUAGCUACAUAGGUAGGUCGAAUGACCUUACCAGUAUAAAAAUUACGCCAUUUCGGCUACAUCGAUGGUGACAAUAAGUCGAUGUUAUAAGAAUACAAUGUAAUUAGACUAUAAUGGAGUCUUCAUCUUGGCUUCAAACUGACAGACUGAAAUUUGACGUUGAAAGAAUAUUGCCAAGACCUUCUAGAUAGGGAAUUUUAUGUGUAUACAGUUAUUUUAUAUUUAAAGAUGCAAAAAAUUCCAAAUGAAUGAAUUUAAUUAACUAUUAAAUAAAUAAAUGAAAACGAAACCGUUUAAAUUAAAAAUAACAGAAUUAUUUAUGAUAAUUCUAUGACUAUUGGAAGCAAAAAUUUUGCCUACAAGGUAAUGACGUCAUUUGUUCGAAAAGAAGAAAAGAAUAAAGAAAAACUGAAGAAAAUUAAAAUAAAAUUUAUUAAAUGAUGAAUAUAAGGUACAAGUAUUAAUGCUUAAAUAUGGAGUUUGACAGUUAUGAUAUACAAUUUCAGUUAAUUUAAAAAACAGAUAGAGUAGAAUUAAGUUUUUCUCUAUCUGUUUUUUAAAUUAACCUAAAUUGCAUAUCAUAACAGUCAAACUCCAUAUUUAAGCAUUAAUACUUUUACCUAAUAUUUAUCAUUUAAUAAAUUUUCUUUUAAUUUUCUUCAGUUUUUCCUUAUUCUUUUCUUCUUUUCGAACAAAUGACGUCAUUACCUUGUAGGCAAAAUUUUCGCUUCCAAUAGUCAUAGAAUUAUCAUAAAUAAUUCUAUGUUAUUUUUAAUUUAAACGGUUUCGUUCUCAUUCAUUUAUUUAAUAGUUAAUUAAAUUCAAUCAUUUGGAUUUUUUGCAUCUUUAUAAUACAAAAUAACUGUGUACACAUAAAAUUCCCUAUCUAGAAGGUCUUGUCAAUAUUCUUUCAAUGUCAAAUUUCAGUCUGUCACUUUGAAGCCAAGAUGAAGACUCCAUUAUAGUCUAAUUACAUUGUAUUCUUAUAACAUCGACUUAUUGUCGCCAUCGAUGUACCCGAAAGGGCGUAAUUUUUAUACUGGUAAGGUCAUUCGACCUACCUAUGUAUCUAGUUCCAACUACUUUGGAUCUGAAGUAAGUAACCACAUGUUUUAAUUUUUUCCUAACUUUUUAACAGUCAAAAUUUCAACUUUGCCUUUUUAUACAGUGGUUUACUUAUUUUAGGUUUUUAAUCUGAUGAUGGACUGAUUAGUCCGAAAACGUUUGUUUUGUACUAGUGAUGUACUCACUUUAAGUCCAACUUGGAUCCUUUUUAGAAAAAAUUUUAAAUAAAUUAUAUACCAUCUACAAGGGAAGAUUUUUUACUUCUUUAGUAAUUUUUUAUUAUGGUAUACAGCCAAUGAGAGAAAUUCUUUCCUUUUUAAAAUGUAUAAUGGUUGUAAGUCCAAUGUACUUGGCUAAACGAUUCUAAGAAGGAACAGACCUACAGCUUAAAUAUUUUGUGUUGGUAUCGGCUUAUCGUAUCGACUUAAAUAUCGUGUGACGUCUCUUGCUAUGACGCGGAUGACGUGCAACGCUAUUUAUACUGUACGAACCAUAAGUGCUCCUCCGUUACAUGCUGGUAGUCAACGUGUUAAUACAGUAUAUUCAUCUAGAUAUAUCGGCCACGAUCUUAAAAAACGUUUAAAUUCAAGAAAUCUCUGUUUGUGUUACCUUCUAUAGCAUACAUUAAUAAAGUAAUAAAAUUUCUCGAUGUUAUGCUCAAAUGUCCGCCAACUUGAGAACCGACUGAAAAAUCAGUGACAAUCUUCCAAAUAUAGCCAGUCUUUGAAAAUCUGCCGAACAGACUUGCAAUGUUUUAGUUUUAAUUUUAAGAUUAUACAUACGUACAAAUGGUCUUUGAGUGUAGAUAGUUUGCUGCAAAGAAGUACACAUUUAUUGUCAAAAUUUCAUAGACCAACGAAAAAGUGAUGAAAAAAACGAGUUUUUACAAAUUUUAGGUCCUCUGUGGACUAGAGAAAUUCGAAUUUAAUGAUUAUAUUGAUUUUAUUAAUUACGUAUGUAAAUGAUUUUAAUUAUCUAUUUUUUAAACUGUAAAUAAGAUUCAAUUUAUGUAGGAAAAAUACGUAGACUUAUUUAAAACUUUACAGAAUGAUCUGUAAUAUUAGUUGCCUAUAUUAGUUUCAUUAGGCUUUUAAAAUGAUUCAAAACCGUGAUCUGUGUUAUUGGUUGUCUACAUUUAGGGGAUUUGUCGUUUAAUAAUAAAAGAAAAUGGUAAAAAAACCAGUAAUGACGACAUAGGUUUAUUCAUUUUUCAUUGUUACUUACUUCGUUGAAACAAUUCUUACAACAUAUCUUCCCUUCAAACUGCCUACUACUUCUAUGCACAAAAUUAUCUACACUUUCAGAACCUCCUCUAUUAUUUGUCUAAAAUGUUUACAUAAAAAUCAUAUAUUCUAUGAGACAUUUUACUCUCUAAAGAUGUAAAUAGACAAGAAUCUCUAUUUAGAUAUAUUUCUUUGAUGUUGUGCCAUAUUUAUGUGAUAUACAGGCGGUUCAAAAACAGAAACGGUCCCAGUAGAUUUAUACCGAAUGCGUUUUUGAGCCGCCCUGUAUGUUAUUCGCUUAGUAUAACGGCGUUCAGUGUUUACUGUAUUCUAUUGUAGGUGUUAAGAGAUAUAUGUACUUGGAAAGUGUUAUAAAAGGCUUACCAGAAUCCCACCAAUAUGAUUGCUUAUAUAAAAAAAAUAUACGUAGAAAACAUACCUAAUAAUUCUAUGCACAUUAGUCUUUCAAGAAUUCCCAAUUUGUUCAAAGUUUCACUAAGUUUGUAAUGGUUUUGCCAUGUAACGGCGAUUUAAAAUCCACAAAAAGCCAUCAUACACUCCUGGUCAAAAGAAUCCGGCACUUACAUUUUAUGUUUUUUGAAGUUAUACUUCUUUAGGCGCGAUUGAGAGUGAAUUUUUAUUAUCCUGGGCGCAUGCGCACACAGACAGUAUGUUGUUAGUUGCUAAAUCAUUCAAGUUAUGUAUGUAUCAGCGCAAAUAAGGUUUGGAAAGAAUAUGUUAGUGUUUUUAGCAAAUAUAUUUAUUAAAAUUUGUGUGUCUUUGGAUUUGCCUUCCUCGGGAGUAAGAUAAUAAGUAUUCACUUGAUCUAUUUGUCACCGUGAUUUGUAAUUACGUCCGAGAACUCGUGUAAACAAAGCCCUGAUGGGUUAUUGGUAGAGCAUUCGACUACAGAUCGCGGAAGUCCCGGGUUCAAAUCUUAAUACGGACGUUUCUUUUUGAAGUUAUACUUCUUUACGAUCAAGAGAGAAAUUUUAUAAAUGCCGGGCGCAUGCGCACACAGACAGUAUGUAGUUCGUUGCUAAUCUUUCAAGAUAUGUAUGUAUCAGCGCUGUCAGCGUAAAUAAGUCAUUAAAAGGAUAUAUUAGUGUUUUUAGUCAAUGUAUUAUAACUUUUGUGUCUUUGGAUAAACUAGCUACAACAGAAAGAGCUAUGGAAAGAACAAUGUUAGGUAUACGACUGUCAGAUAAAAAGAGGAGCGACUGGGUAAGAUCAAAAACAAAAGUCGAGGACAUAACAACAAAAGUUGCCAAACUUAAAUGGAGCUUUGCAGGCCACACUGUUAGACAAAAAGACCAACGUUGGAAUGCCACGAUACAACAUUGGAGACCUUACCAAAGUAAACGACCGAGAGGAAGACCACAGAUGAGAUGGGUUGAUGAUAUUAAAAGAGUAGCCGGAACGAAUUGGAAAUAUGUUGCUCAGGAUAGAGACCGAUGGAAGGAGUUGGGAGAGGCCUAUGUCCAAACGUGGACGAUAGAAGGCUAAGAGGAAGAAGAAGAAGUCUUUGGAUUUGUCUUCCUUGGGAAUAAGAUAUUUUAUAAUAAUAGUAAGUAUAUUUAAAGUAUUUUUGUAAACUUCACUUGGUCUAUUAAAUUUGUCUAUGAGUAUGUAUGAGAAAUCUUGUAAGCUGUCGAAGCAAAGGGAAUAUAGCUCAGUGGUAGAGCGUGUGACCGGAGAUCUAGAGGUUCUGGGUUCAAAUCCCGGAUGAUUCAUAUUCUUUCUUUUUUUAAUUUUUGGUAUCGUUUUAAUAAAACAAUUUUAAAAGUUAGUUUAGAAAGAAAGUUAGUUUAAUAUUUACAUAAAAUACAAAUAACCUGUUACGUACAUUUAUUUCUUUGAAAUUAUGUAAUAGAAGUAUAAGUUCUUACGUGCGUACAAAGUACACACACCUUUUUUUUCAAACACGUAGAGUCUUUUCGUUUGUCUCUGUUAUCGUCCACGUUUUGCUUCCAUACAUCAAUACGGGUCGUAUGAUUUGUAUCGUACAUCUUGUUAGUUGUUUCGAUUUUAUAAGAUUUUGAAAUGCAUAAAUAUAUCUGUUGCCGGCUUGUAUCCUAUUGUUUAUUUCUUGUGAUCCGUUAUUGUCUUCAGUUAUUGUUGUUCUAAGAUACUUAAAUUCUCUAACGCGCUCAAAGUUAAAGUCAUCGAUGGUUAUAUUCUGACCGAUCCUGUCUGUGCUUUGGUUCAAAAACACCAUUACACAAUAUAAAAAUGAUUACCUGAUUGGUGGGAUUAAAAAUCCAAAAUUUUAUAACACUUUCCACUUUAUAAUAUUGUUGAUACGUACCAAAUAUAAACUAACGCACUGGGAAAAAAUUUAAUUAUCUAUAUAUUUUUUUUACUAACUUUUAAUGUUAAGAUCUGAACGAUAAUUUAAGAAUCAGCCAUGACAUUAUUUGAACUGAUAUUUUUCUUAAGCUUAUCAUUUCACUGCCCAACUUUUUGUACUAAACAUUCCAUCCUCCAUUUUUGCAACUAUUUCUGGAGCCAGCCGUUAAGAAUAAGGCCAGAAAGGACAGGCUUAUAACGGUGGACAAAAUUUUAAACAGUUAAUGGACAAUUUAUAUAACGAGGGUGUAACGCACAGUUCUGAACUAUAACAUUUGUGAAUAACUGGAAUACUUGACCUUUGCAAGUGAUAUUUUACGGGGUAAGUAGGAAGUUUAUGUGAAUCCCGUAAAAUCAUUUUUGGAUCGUGUUAUGUACAAUAUUUUUUCUGCGGACAUUUAUUAUGUUACAAAGAAUCUGAACGGAUACAUUACUUAUGAACUUUUUAUUAUAAAUCACAUAUAAAAUAACAAUUGCUCUCAUGAAAAAAUACUUUCUUCUUCUUCUUGAUGUGGUGUGCCGAGCGUUGGCUAUUGUAAUUUUGUUGAAAUGUUGAAAUUCUUCGUUUGCUUGCAAUUAACACAAUGUCAUCCGCGUAUCUCAAAUUAUUAAUAUUGAUGCCAUUCAUUUUGAUACCACAUUGAACAUUAUCCACUGCUUUAUUGAAAACAUACUCAGAAUAGAUGUUAACUAUUAGUGGGUAUUAAAUUACUUAUCAAUAUUAAGUACCCGAUUAUAACAAUUACUUAUAUUGAUAUUAUUAGGGAUAUUAACAGAAGUAACAGUAUUGAAAUUAGUAUUAUUAGACGUAUGAGUAUUUGUACUACUUUUCGAAAUAUUAAUUUCGUUACCACCCUUUUCAAUCUGUGAUGCUACGUGAAUUUUGUUUUUUAAAAAAUCUUCUACACUUCUUAUAAGUAUAGUAUCUUUCUCAUUUACGAUAAUAUCAACAAGUUUGAAACUGAUUUGAAAAGGAAUAGAGCAAACACUUCUACUUUUAUACAGAAAAUCUCUAAAAGCAAUUAAAAACACAAUAGAAGUUUUACAGCGACAGAAAUAAAUCAAAAUAAAUAACAAACUUAAUAUGAGCUUACAAUAAAUAGCAAAAACAGCAAAUACAAUGAAACAUUGGGCAAAUCCCUCUAAAAAGUGAUAUAACACUCUUAAGCGUAAAAUUACGACCCAUAAAAGCUUUUGGAUGAGAUUGUUGAAACAUAUUUUAUUGUUUAAAAAAGCAAUACAAAUAUGUUUUCGAUAAAUCUCUUGAAUAUGGUAUACAGGGAAUUAUUCUAGGGAUAAAUACUCCCCUAGUGCAGUUUUAAACUAUACCACUUUGGUUUAAUGAUAAUUUUUGCACUAGCGAACAGAAUAAACUAGAGAUGCAGCAAAUUCUUACCCAUUUAUUAAUGUCUGCUUAAUUUCAAUUGUACAUAACCUCACAUAACCUAACUUUCUAAUGUUUGUUGCUCGUUUUUUACUCAGUAGCGUGAAUUUUUCUAGUAGCAUCACAAAAUUACAUUAACUGAUUAAAAUUGUCCACGAAAUCGAUGUUUUUAUCUUAAUUAUACUAAAAAAUUAGUAACAUAAUGACUCAGUACCCGUCCCGAGUAGUGUUUCCGCAGUUUCCAUAUUCUUUAGUGCUACACUUAGAUCUAGAUCAGCCAGCUAGUGUAUAGAAGAAGAAUAGUAACUGAUGUUUAAGAGAUAUGUUGUAGUAUGCGUACGGCAGUAAAAAGGCUUAUUUUCGAUGUACCUAAUCAGAUUUUAAGACUGUUUUCUAGAUGUGCCAAUUUAUCGUGACAAAAUAUGUUUAAGUCAUAUCAAAAUGAAAGUUUUAUUACUGUUUUACACCGUUGAUUUUGACCAAUUUGCCAAAAUUGUUUAAUGUAAUUUAUUGUUUCUACUGAUAUGAAACGAAACCUAACACGUCUGUCAGUAAGUCUCGGGCCUAAAGUAAUCUCCUUUGUGGCGAUACAAUCAUUCCAAAGCUUUUCUAAUUUUUCGAUGCUGCCCUUGUAAAACUAUUUAUAUUUGUCUUCAAAAUAGGCUUCAGUUUCGACGAUUACGUCCUCAGAAAAAAAGGUUGGUCCCGCUUGGGACCAAAUCUGGACUACACGGCGGAUGCGACAGCAAUUCAAAGCUCAAUUCGUGCAUUUUUGCCAUCGUUUUCGUUGACUUGUGACACGGUGUAUUGUCUUUGCGACACAACAAUUUUUUCUUCACCAAAUGAGGCCUUUUCUUUGCGAUUUCAAUAUAGUAGGCGCUGUUGACGUUUCAAAUAGUCAAUGAAAAUAAUUCCUUGCGGAUCCCAAAAUACAGAGACCUUCCAGGCGGUUUGUUGCAUCUUUGGGCGCUUUGGACAGCUUUCUCCGGGUGGUCUCUAUUCAGAUAACUGCCGGUUUGUUUCCGGAGUGAAGUGGUCGAUCCAAGUUUCAUCCAUUGUGACAUACCGAUGCAAAAACUCAUGACAUGUUCCGUUUAAACAUGUCCGAACAGUACCGACAUUCAACAAUUUGUUUCUUUAUCAUAGACAAAUGUUUAUGUUUAAUAGUCAAAAUGCCUUUGAUAACUUUAAAGUGUCAGCUAUCUCUCGCAACCUCACUUUGCGGGUUUCCAUAAUAAUUUAAGAUAUUUUUCGAUGUUUUCGAAAAUACUGCAUCAGUUGACCUUCCGGAGCGCUCAGCAUCAUUGGAGUCGGUACGACCACGUUUGAAUUCAGAAAACCAUCGUUUAAUGGCUGUAAUCGAUGGAGCAGAGUCCCGGUAUCACUUUUUGAGCCAUUGCUCAGUGUGGAGAGUAUUAUUCCCCAUCAAAUAACACAAAAGUAGCGUUACUUCAAGCAGCGUAAACUGUAACUCGGUAAAUAAUCUUCUUCUUCUUCAGUUUAUUGGCCUCCACCUACUUGGGUAUUUGGCCAGCUCAUCGUCUCGGAAUAAGGGAAAAAUCCUUUAUUCACUUACAAUUUGGAGUUAGUACAUAAUCCGAAUGACAUGAACAUUUUGGCAGUACGCUUAUGAAGGUUAUGGCUACGGAAAUGUCAAAUGGAAAAUUCAUUAGAGCCGCCAUCUCACGGUUAGACCCGGGACUUAUUGACGACGCAUUAUAUCUAAGCCAAUUCGUGAGCUCAAGCGAGGGUGCUGCCGAUUAUUUGGAACUAGAGGAUUUGGGAUGAAAAUAUAAAUGUAUCAACGUCGUUUGAAAGCUUGUCGGAUGUGUUCAUUUAAUGAAUAAUUUAUUUAUAUUAAUUAAUUACAUCAAUAACAAUAUUAAUUAUAACAAAAUACGUUAUCCCAAUUACAUCGGCCAUUUUCAUGCAACCGCACACCUAUAGUCGAUUGAGUUCGCGAAUACAUCCUAUGAAUAUUGACUUAGAGGCAUCUGAAGGCAGGCCCGCACAGCAGUCUCUGAUUGGCUAUAAAAUUGCUAGAAAUCAACUGUGUACAACAUGCAACCGACAUCUGUCUUUUUUAUGUUUUGUGCACAAUUUCUUGUAGAUUUAGGGGCAAAAGUGUACAUAAGCAUUGUAGUUAAACGAACGAAAAUAAAAAAUCAAAAAAAGAACGAAAGCAGGUAUUAAAAUUGUGAAGAUUGUAUUUUUGCAGGAAUCUGUUCAAAAUUGAAGUAUGAAUUUAUUUUUAUACAAUAUUCAGUAUGUUAGAAAAAGAUUUCGAAAUGAAAGAAUGUCUAUUGACGUUUAUGUUGUUUUUUUCGCUGUUUGGCAGUUAAACUAUCUUUUAAGGCAGUUGUAAAUUUAUAUGUUCUCAAAUACAACAUGUAUUUUUUUCUUUAUAUGUACGAGGGUAAUUCCUAUGCCUCCAAAAAAGGGUGCGACGUGCUGGUAGAAAGUUGGCAACACUGCCUUACAUAUUUACUCCACCACCUUUACCUCACUGCAUUGCUCAGUGUCGGCUUAGCAGUCUUCGAAGAUGGAGGUCCCGGCUGCUGUUACCUCCAAUGUUGUGAAAUUCAUGCUGUGAUAGGUUUUUAAAUGCAAAAUGUAGUUUAUAUAUAUAGUGGCUAAAACACCCCCGUGGGGGUAGCGCCGCCUUUACAGGCUCUCUAGAUCCAUGUUUUCGAGGUGGAUCAUAAUGGAGUUUACCUACUGAUAUUCAUCAUAGUAGUUUAUCGAAGUUUAUGGGUAGAAGUGCAUAUCUGUUCAACAUGUUUGAAAAUGGUCUGAAAUUCAUCUUGAAUUUCCGUUCGGCCUUUACUGAAUUCUCCACAUCAUUUGCGAACAUGUUUAACAAAUACGCACUUUUACUCAUAAACUUCGAUUAACUGACGAUGAAUGUCAAUAGGUGAAAUCCAUUUUGCAUUUAAAAAACGUAUCACAGCAUACAUUUCACAUUGGCGGUAACAGCGAACGGGACCUCCAUCUUCGAAGGCUACUAGACCGACACUGAGCAAUCCCUCGAGGCGAAAGUGGUGGGGGUAAGACAGGCUGAGUUGAUGCGUAAGGCAGUGUUGCCAGAUUUCUUCCAGCACGUCGCAUUCUUUCUCAGCGGCGUAGGCAAUCUUAUUUUACCGAUGACGUAUGUCAUCGUACAUAAUGUUUGUCUAAUAUGAAAAUUCGUUUAUAUAUUUUAUAAACUUAUAUAUUUCUACUUCCUAUCGAUUCCUCUCGUGAGGUUGAACAAGGAAAGAGUUCGUACCGUGUUUGUUUUAGAUUAACAAAUGUCUUAAAUGCCAACAGGUUGUAGCAUAUUAUAUAUUUUUAUUUUAAGUUGUAUUUUGCUAAUGAAUCUCUUUGAAGUUUUGUUUAAUAUAAAUUAACACAUUUAUUUUUUAUGUAUCGUUUAAUGAAUAAAAAUCGGUAAAUAAU